UGAGUAGCACUAGAUAUUCAUAUAGGAUCGCGUCGUACACUUUCCAGAAGUCAUUUGGCAUGUGUUGUGCAUUUUAUCAGUUCAGCGGUAGACGUCAUGGACUUUGUCGUCCGUCGGUCGUAUAUCAAUUUCAUCCGGCGACAUGUCUGGAUCAUCCGGGGAAAUUUUUGUCUGUUACAGACUAUUGGCGAUGAUCAGUUGCAGUUCGAUUGUCGAAGGGUUGAGGAUGGACAGUUUUGACGCUUCAACAGAGGAUUUUCUCGCCAACGGGUUCUAUCAGUUCUAUACCGAGUUUCACGAAGAUCUGUUCGAUGUCUUCCAACAGGGAGAUGAUCUGGUGGUCAAUGAGGUCGUUGAAUCGAAGACUGCGACAAACCAGGCUGAUCCCAUCGGUGAAGAUCUGGAAGCGCAUGUGGAGAACUUCAUCCUUGAGUACAGUUGUGUCAACUUUAGCCAAAUUUGGGACAACGACUUCCGGCUACCGGAGCGAACGUUUCUCUGCGACGAUUCAUGUGAUGCAUUCCUGCGGAAAUCGGAACCGAAUCCGUCGACUAACGAUCAGGGAACGCCGGAGGAGCAACCGGCGCCGAGCUUCGUCUGUCCGUUCGAAUCCUGCCGGAAAGUGUACGCCAAGCCGGUACACCUGAAGGCGCACCUCCGGCGGCACGUGGGCGAUAAACCGUAUCACUGCAAGUGGAGCGGUUGCAAGUGGCGGUUCUCCCGAUCGGAUGAGUUGGCGCGCCACUUCCGGUCCCAUUCCGGCAUUCGGCCGUACAAGUGCGACUUUUGUCCCAAGUGUUUCUCCCGUUCGGAUCAUCUGGCCAAGCACCGGAAGGUGCACGAGAGGAAGAUCGCCGCCGGCAAGUCGAAAGCAGUGUGGAUCAAUCUGCCCCGGGGCAAACCGGGACGGAAGCCGAAGAGUGCGAACAAGGUGUGA